CUUUCACUCAGAAAACAAAAGAAAAAAAAAGAGUUAGAAAAGAUGUGUGGAGGUGCCAUAAUCUCCGAUUAUGAUCCCGCCGGAAGCUUCUACCGGAAACUUUCUGCUCGUGACCUCUGGGCUGAGCUGGACCCUAUCUCCGACUACUGGUCCUCUUCUUCCUCAUCCUCAACCGUCGGAAAACCUGAUUCCGCUCUGUCGCCGGUGACUCACUCCGUCGAUAAGCCUAAUAAAUCAGAUUCCGGCAAAAAAGGUAAUAAGACUGUGAAGGUUGAGAAGGAGAAGAGUAGUGGACCAAGGCCAAGGAAGAACAAGUACAGAGGAAUAAGACAGAGGCCAUGGGGAAAAUGGGCUGCUGAGAUUCGCGAUCCACAGAAGGGUGUACGCGUUUGGCUUGGUACAUUCAACACAGCAGAAGAUGCUGCUAGAGCCUAUGAUGAGGCUGCUAAGCGCAUUCGUGGUGAUAAGGCUAAACUCAACUUUCCAGCCCCAUCACCACCAGCUAAGCGACAGUGCACUAGCACUGUCGCUGCUGCUGAUACACCACCAGCACUACUCCUUGAGAGUUCUGACAACUCUCCUUUGAUGAACUUUGGAUAUGAUGUCCAGUAUCAGAGCCAAACUCCCUACUACCCCAUGGAAAUGCCCAUAGUUAGUGAAGAUUAUGAACUGAAGGAACAGAUUUCCAAUUUGGAAUCGUUCCUGGAAUUGGAGCCAUCUGAUCAAUUUUCAGGGAUCGUCGAUUCUGAUCCUCUUAAUGUUUUUCUGAUGGAGGACUUUGCUUCAACUCAUCAUCAGUUCUACUGAACAUGAUCAAAGUGUUAUUUCGGGAGUAUUUUAUGGCUGAGUAGUUUAUUAAUUAGCUUUUGGGUGUAGUAGUAGUAAUAGUAGUAAUAGAGAUUAGAGAGUACAUAUGAUGAUAAUAAUAAUAAGUUGCGUGCCUUAGCAUGCAAUUGUAAUAGUAUUAGUGUUUGUUGUCUUGUGCUGUUGUUUAUGCUUUUCUAAAUCUUGGAUUUACCUUAUAA